ACAACGUGACGUCAUUAAAAGCGACAAGAGGAAGGAGCGCCAUUUUGAAAAAAACAUUUUACAAGCGACAGCAAGCAGCAGCUACUUGUUUUUCUUUGUAAGAAGGAAAGGAAAGGAAGAAGUAAUGAGCCCACACGUGAACUGGACUAAUGAGGAGAUCCAGGCCCUUCUUGCUGUGUGGUCUGAGGAGAAUAUCCAGUCUGGACUCGGGGAACCGUUAAGAAUGAGGAAAGUUUAUGGGGAAGUGUCUCACAGGCUGGCUGCAGGGGGGAUGGUUCGCUCUGCUAGACAGUGCAGGGACAAGAUCAAGAAGCUCAAGAUGGAAUAUAGGAGACUACAGAAACAAAGUGAAGGAGGUAUGGAUUUCAGGAAGAACUUCAGGUGGUACGACGAGAUGGACUCUAUCCUAAGUGGAAGAACAGCUUCAAGUGACGAUGCUGAACAGUCAGCUGUGAUUCAAAAGUUUGUGAUUUCUGAUAAAGAAACAGAUGAAGCAAUCAACACAGAAGUACACGGAAGCUACAGCGACAGCAACAACAUCACAUUGAUCAACCUCAAUGCAACAGACCCGACACCUUACCCCACAGUGAACAAACAGGAACCAAGUUUCUUCUCCUUCCAGGUAGAAGCCUUGGACGGCCCGUCUACAAGUACGACAGUGUCACACGCUGCCAUGCAAUCAUCAGGCAGAGAUACCCGCUGGUCUAAAAGGGAAGUCCAAGCGUUGUUGACACUUUGGGCAAACCCUGCCGUCCAAGACGAGCUUCAGCUAAAUGUGAGAAACAAUCAAGUGUACGCUCGCCUCAGUGCCGCUCUGGAAACGUUUGGAUUCAGCAAAAGCACCCAGAAAUGCAGGGAGAAGAUCAAAAAGCUGAAGCAGGAUUACAAGAGAAUGAAACACAGUCAGCACAGGGAUGGGAGGCAGAGAACCAGCACCACGGUUUGGUUCUCCAUCAUGGAUCAUGUCCUCGGCUCCAGGGUUCCUUUUGGGAGAGAUUCAGAAGCUGCAAAUUGCUUGAUGCCCAGACAGGCAGAGUGUACUAUGGAUGAGGACGAUGAAGCUGAAGCUCACUGGCUCCCCGAUGAAAUCCAAGUUCUCCUGACGCUCUGGGCCCAACCCAACAUUCAGAACCAGCUUCUCAACACAGCAAUGAAAACUCAAGUCUUCCAGUACCUCAGCGGUGAACUGACACUGGUGGGCUUUAACAAGACACCACAGCAGUGCAGUCGCAAAGUGAACAACCUGAAAGAGGAGUACAAACAAAUCAAAGAAGAGGAACCAAAUGGGAGUGCUAAAAGCAACUGGUUUGCUAUCCUGGAUGGUGUGCUUGGACAAGCUUCUUCAGAGAUGGAUUCAUCUGUCUCUGUGACACAAACUAAACCAGCAGAAUAUGAACAUCAGAAAGAUGCACUGCAGGCUGUUUGGACAUCAGAGGAAGUCAAAGUGCUGCUCUCUCGCUGGGCAGAAGACGGCGUCCAGCAGCAGCUCCGAUAUGCUCCAACUAAUGAGAGAGUGUUUGCCCAGCUGAGCUCCGACCUCGCCACUCAGGGCUUCGAUAAGACCACCAGUCAAUGCAGGAUAAAGAUCAGACUGCUGAGAGAAAAGUACAGAAUGAUUAAAAAACAGAAGGACUUGGAGGAACCAAAAGGAGGAUGGUUUGCCAUCAUGGAUAGAGUCCUGAGAUGUGAAAAGCGACAAGAUGUGACCAGACAAGCGCGUGGAAUCACAGAUUCAUCCGCUGAAUAUCUGCAGACAUCCCCGCAAGAGCUUUUUGACACAGCAGAGGACUUUGGAUGCAGCUUGUCCGUCUCCUCGCUGUCUCUCCUCGUCCCCACACUGCGUCUGACGUGUGCCUUCGCAUGGCAUGUGGUCCAGCAUUGUAAGGUGAUGCAUUAUGGGAAGGUGGAGGAGCUGGUACGGAUGGUGACAGAGCUAGCUCCUGAGGUGCUGACGUCCAGAGAGAAAGUACAAAUCCUGCUUAGACUGAGGGCAAGGGUGGUGUUGGAAUUGUGUCGCAGUGGGAGUACAGCCAACUCGCUGAGCGUCCAGCCUCACCUCAUGGUCAUUAAGAGCCUCACAGCUGGCUCCACCUGUGGUCAGGAGGAACUAGAAGAUCUGGAAGACUCAAAGUCCAAUUUUGUGGAGGUGGUUCAGAGGCUGCUUGAGGACACAGAGGAGAGGAGGAUGUUUUUCAAGGAAGUCUUUCCCAUUCAUUAUGGCCAGCAGUAUCAAGCUGCAUUAAAAGCAUUGGUGUGGAAGUUCAUCUCAAGACUUGAUUGUCUUUUGCCUGUUCCAGAUAUUAAACAGACUGCAGAGUGGCUCAGCACCGCCCCCUCUGUCAUGGAGGAAUGUGGACAAAUGGUUUUGAAACCGGAUCAGCUGAAGGCGCUCCUAGGUUUCCACCAACAGCAAUCAGGAUUUACAAACAAAAGCUACUCUGAAACUCAAAAUAUGUUUCUGCCGAGACUUUCUCUUCCUCCAAAGCCAAACACAACACUUUGUGGAGAACCCCAGGGAUCGGCAACAAGUGACAAAGAGGAAGAGCAGUUUUAUGUCAGUGAGGACGAGGAGCCUGCUAAGGAAAGCCCAGAUGAUGUUACACUGACUCUGAGAGACUGCAUCAAAGACGAACAAAACUUGAAGUUGAGAAAUAAACAAGUAAAAGACCUCACAGCUGAAAACUGCUCAAAUUUCAACAAUCAUUUGCCUUCAAGUCUGCCGACCUGGUCUUUGUUUUCCUCCUCUGACAGCCAGGCCACAGGCUUUAUGAAACAAAUCCGAGAGGCUCAUCUAAUCAUGGAAGCGCCUGAAAAACCCAACAUCGUCCAGAAAGCAGCUGCCAAAACGUACAUCCCUGAGGGCACUGGGAACACUUGCUACUCUGAAACUCAAAAUAUGUUUCUGCCGAGACUUUCUCUUCCUCCAAAGCCAAACACAACACUUUGUGGAGAACCCCAGGGAUCGGCAACAAGUGACAAAGAGGAAGAGCAGUUUUAUAUCAGUGAGGACGAGGAGCCUGCUAAGGAAAGCCCAGAUGAUGUUACACUGACUCUGAGAGACUGCAUCAAAGACGAACAAAACUUGAAGUUGAGAAAUAAACAAGUAAAAGACCUCACAGCUGAAAACUGCUCAAGUAAGCAAUCUUCACUACGAAUGAAAAUCUUUGUUUUUGUGCUGAAAAUUUGCAUCUAUUAUUUUUUUGAUAAAUAA